UUGGGUUUAGCAGUGCACAGUGAUUAAGAGUGGAGACUGGGGCUUUAGGAGUAAAAGUGGAACAGGCUAUUUUAAUGAAAUCCAUCGAAGUGCGGAACUAUUACUACUGCCGACUCCUGCUGUAUAAAAGUAUCACCGUUGGUUGUUAUUCGAGAUGAUAUCCGUUACGACCUGAAACGAAACGGUACGACGAUCGGACACACCUGGAAUAUAACCAAAGCAGUCUCAUCCAACCAGCCAGCCCAGCUCCAUCGGAAAUUCAGUUUACUGGAAAUACAUCAGUCCUUUGGAUGGGAUCUUAGUUUGCCUUUUUAUUAGAGAAGAGAAGCCAUUAUUCCUGUGGGGUUUUAUUUCAUGGGGAUGUGUUCAAGACAAGAGAGAAUACAAAAAGACGUCGACAUUGUAAUUCAAAGGUGCAAGGCAGAGAAAGACUGCCUUUUCUCUGAUUUCAGAUACACUGACGCCACCUUCACCUUCACCUAUUCCAAAGGCUCCAGAAGGGUGUCCUACUCUGUGCACGUCUCUGAUGACUACCCAGACAACACAUACGUGUCAAACUCUGAGAAGGAGGAUGAAGUUCUAGUCACCAGAGACCAGAUCCCUGUCAUCUUCCACAGAAUAGCAACAGAGAUUAGGGUCAAUAAUGACGCCAACUGCUGCCUGUCCAUCAAGUCAAAACUUCAGCUAGACAAGAACCAGUGCCACUAUGCCAUAGAGGAGGACUCUGAGGGGGAUGCUGACUCUGAGGAGUUUUACUAUGGAGGUCAGGUGAACUCUGAUGGCGAGCUCCACAAGCACCCCCAGUUGGAGGCGGAUCUGGCGGCAGUCCGGGAGUUGUACGGACAACACGCAGUAUCUCUCAGGGAAUACGGUGCCAUCGACGAUGUGGACAUUGAUCUCCACAUCGACGUCAGUUUCCUAGAUGAGGAAAUAGCCCUUGCGUGGGACGUGAUACGGAGGGAGCCGGUGAUCGUGCGUCUACACUGCUCUCUGACACAGUACCUGAAUGGACCAGUCCCCACGGUGGACGUGUUCCAGGUGUCGACUAAAGACCGGUUUGGACUGGGACAUCAGAUGAAGAAGAUAAUGCAGACGUUUGUCACCCAGCAGUGGAAACACCAAUGUAAAGAGAAACUCAACUGCUCUCACAACAAAAACAAGGGAGACAAGAAGGUCAAAUCUCCCCUCCACAUCUUCUCGACCCUCCGCAGAUCUCCCAGCUACCCGCCUCCCGGCUGUGUCAAGAGCAAAAAGAAGCUGAAGCCAGAACAAGAUGGCGUCUCUAAAUCCCACCGCCUUCUCCGCCGGACUUGCACCAGCACCGCCAAACAGCAGGUUGAGGUGGACGGCUGCGGCCCCGGGACCAAGACUAACCACCGUCUCCUGGGCCUUUCCCUGUCUAGCGGAGACCCCCGUAUGGACCAAGGAGGAGGGCUUGGCCCACUGCCCUUCAAACCCCACCGCCUGGGCAGGCCCUGCAUGGCUGUGGUCAAACCAGAGGACCUCCGACCCGCUCCCCAUAAGCUCCUGCCUCGCUCGUGCUCCGUCGACCCCCGCUGUGAGCACGCGGGAGUGGGAGGUAGUCUUGGGGGAGGUUUGAAGCACCACAGGCUGCUCAGUAGGUCGUGCUCUGGUUCUAUCAGGACGGAGGAGCUGGAUGGACUGAAACACCACCACCUCCUCAGCAGGUCCUACUCCAGCAGUACCAAGAUGGGCAAGGCAGCGGACAUCUUCAAGGACUCUGUGGCUCCGUUCGAGGGGAGGCGGCUCUCUCUUACCUCAGGGCUCAUCGGGAUCCUCGCCCCCUCGCUCGCCACCCCACCGCCGCCAAACAAUGGAGCCAAGUCCGUACCAAUAAAAGACAGGGGUUUCCUUGUCCAGACCGUGGAAUAUGCUGAGCAGAGGAUUCCGGUCCUCAACGAGUUCUGUGUAGUGUGUGAUGAAGCUCACGUAUUCCAGAACGGACCGAUGCUCAGACCCACAGUGUGUGAGCGGGAACUGUGUGUGUUUGCCUUUCAAACACUGGGGGUGAUGAACGAGGCAGCCGACGAGAUCGCCACAGGGGCUCAGGUGGUGGAUCUGUUGGUGUCCAUGUGUAGGUCUGCUCUAGAGUCUCCCAGGAAAGUGGUCAUCUUUGAGCCAUAUCCCUCCGUGGUGGAUCCGUGUGACUCCCAGGCACUGGCCUUCAACCCCAGGAAAAAGGACUAUGAGCGAGUGAUGAGAGCCCUUGACAGUCUCACCUCUAUCAGAGAAAUGUCCCAGGCACCUUACCUGGAGAUUAAGAGGCAGAUGGACAAGCAUGAUCCUUUAGCUCACCCCUUACUGACAUGGGUGAUAUCCAGUAACAGAUCACACAUCGUCAAACUACCAGUUACCAGACAGCUGAAGUUCAUGCACACCCUGCAUCAGUUCCUUCUACUCAGCAGUCCUCCUGCCAAAGAGUCCAACUUCCGAGCUGCCAAAAACCUCUUUGGGAGCACCUUCGCUUUCCAUGGUUCUCACAUAGAAAAUUGGCACUCCAUUUUGAGGAACGGUUUGGUGGUUGCAUCCAACACAAGACUUCAGCUCCAUGGCGCCAUCUACGGGAGUGGAAUCUAUAUCAGCCCAAUGUCAAGCAUAUCAUUUGGUUACUCAGGGAUGAACAAAAAACAGCAGAAAGUUACUUCGAAAGACGAAAAUGCUACAAACAAGACCAACGUACAGUCAACAAAGAAAGGACAGCAGCCCCAGUUUUUGCAAAGUCGGAACCUUAAGUGCAUAGCCUUAUGUGAAGUAAUCACAUCCCCUGACCUGCACAAACACGGAGACAUCUGGGUCGUUCCCAACACUGAUCAUGUCUGUACACGCUUCUUCUUUGUUUAUGAAGAUGGCCAGGUGGGAGAUACGAGCAUCAACACACAAGACGCUGGCAUUCAUCGAGAGAUCCUACGAGUCAUCGGCAACCAGACCGCCACAGGAUGAACAACACAGAAAUACUGCUGCCUCUCCUCCACCUCUCAGCUCAAAGCUGGAUUUUAGAGCUGCGGAGGCCCGUCGUACAAAGGGGUUUCCUUCCGAUCAACGCAGAGAACACACAAACAACUUCAAAGUUUGAAAUCCUCAAAGAAAUAGCUACAGUGAAACCCACCACACAUAUCUACAACUGAAACACAACAAAACUCGAGGGAAGAACACAUUUUGCUAAGUUUCUAAAUACUAUGAAGAAUCCUGUUUUUCCUGAAGACACAGUACGUCUCUAUUUGACUCAUUGGGACGAUUUCAUUCUUGUAGAGAACAUUUAAAACGGUAAAACUCUUUGGUGAAUAUUUUGAGACUUUUUGCUAGUAGAUGUGGGCCUUUUCGGGAAAAAUAACUAGGAAAAAGUUCCUUCCUGUCUAGGAAAAAGUUCCUUCCUUUCUAGGAAAAAGGUCCCAUCCAUCUGACCUGGUUUACUAUAGAGUUGUACCUUUUUAAAGUACAAUGUAUACUGAAGGUGUUGAUAUGCACUGUUUCUUAAUGCUAUAUUCUUGUUCCAACAACUGGUUCAUAACCUGAAAAACUACAACUUAUUUUACACUUGAUUAUUUUUGGUGUGGGUGUGUAUGUAUGUAUGUACAUAUAC